AUGUCCAAAGAUUUUGCUAAAAAAGGUAUUAUAAAUGAACAACUUUUAAUAAACUCUAUUCUUUUUCAAAUAAAGAUUAUUCUGAAACAAUAUCAUAGAAAAUUAAAAGAAUUAAAUAUUUUGGUAAAUGAUGAUGAUUUAAGGAAGAUUGAACUAUUGAAUGAAAAUCAAAGAAAAAUAUUUGAUGAGAUU